AUGGAUUCCGAACUCCCGCAGAACGACCAACACGUUGAGGGUGCGUCUUGGGGAGAAGAGGAAUAUGGUGGACAAGAGAUACAGCAUAGCGACCAACAAAGUCAAGAUCCUGCCUUCUCACUUGCCCAAGAUGCGAUUGGUGACCAAGAAGAUGCUGGCGAAUAUGACCCUGAGUCGGUCACGUACGACCCAGAGUCGGUCACAAUAACCCCAGUCCCACAGAUGACAGAGUCCAAGAGCCCGACCGUUCCCACCGCGUCUGCGCCCGCGAAAUCCAAAACUGGCAAGCCCAAGACACAAGGAGGAUUCCUAGUGGGAGACUCCGAUGAUGAGGAGGACGCGCCGACGCCAGCCUCUAGCACUGUUGCCGCACCAGCCCCUGUCACACACAACCCUUCUCCCCUCCAUGCACCUACACCGGCUCAGGGCCAAGCGGGCGCCUCUGCAGAGCAACCGAUUAACGAUGCUGCAGUGAGAGCGCCCAGUGUUGCGUCCACAACUGCUAUUGCUCCCGCUCCUGUCUCUAUCCCUGCCCCGGCUCCUGCGCCAUCUGCUCCGGCUGUUCAGCCUGUCCAAAACAGAGACCCAAAUGACACCAUUGGUAUCCUGGAAGAUCGUGUGAAGGAAGACCCGCGUGGAGACAUGGAUGCGUGGCUCGCACUGAUUGCAGAGUACCGCCGCAAUGACCAGUUGGACGAACUGCGCGGUGUUUACGACCGGUUUGUGCAAGUGUUUCCUCAAGCAGCCGAAAUUUGGGCGGAAUGGGCACAGCUUGAGCUGGACUCGAACCGAUUCCAAACUGCUGAGGAGCUCUUCAACCGCUCCCUUGUGAACGCUCCCAACGUCAAGCUUUGGACAGUCUACCUCAAUUACAUCCGCAGAAGAUAUGAUCUUACCAACGACCCUAAUGGCGAGGCACGCCGAAUCCUAAGUAUGUCUUAUGAGUUUGUAAUCAGUUCUGUCGGUAUCGAUCGUGAUUCCGGUCAGCUGUGGAAGGACUAUAUCCUGUUCAUCAAGAGCGGACCUGGUCAGGUUGGAGGUAGCGGCUGGCAGGAUCAGCAGAAGAUGGAUCAACUACGCAAGGCGUACCACCGCGCAAUCACGGUCCCUAUGUCCGCACUUACGGACCUGUGGAAAGACUAUGACCAAUUCGAAAUGAGCCUCAACAAAACCACGGGCCGUCAAUUCAUUCAAAAGCGCUCGCCUGCGUAUAUGACCGCCAAGGCAUCAAACUCACAGCUUGAUCGUUUGAUUCCUAGACUACAGCGAACCACGCUUCCUCGACUUCCUCCUGCCCCUGGUUUUGAUGGCGACCAGGAGUUCAUGGAGCAGGUUGACCUUUGGAAGAAAUGGAUCCAAUGGGAGAAGGAGGAUCCGCUGGUUCUUCUGGAAGAAGAGCCCGAAGCCUACAAGGCUCGUGUACUCUAUUGCUACAAGCAAGCGCUCAUGGCACUCCGUUUCUGGCCUGAAAUGUGGGUAGACGCAGCUGAAUGGUCAUUGGCGAACAAUAUUGUCAAGGAUGGCAAGGAGCUUGGCUUGUCAUUCUUGACGGAUGGCAUUGCAGCCAACCCUGAAAGUGUCUUGCUGGCAUUGAAGCAUGGAGAUCGCGUGGAAAUGACCUACCCAGCCGGAGACGACGAUGCAAGCAAAGCUGCUCGCGCGAAAGCCAUUCGUGAACCAUACAGUCAAGUCCUUGACACGCUGUAUGCUAUGUCUAAAAAGCUAAAGGAACGCGAGGAAAGCGCGGUGCGCAAGAUUGAAGAAGCUGCCGCUCUCGACCCCAAUAUUAAGGACUCUAUCGAACGCAAUGAGGACGAGGUUGACGGAGACCCUCUGUCGGCCGAGCUUGGAAAGGAAGAACGAGUCAAGGCCGUCAAGCAAGGAUUUGCGGUCCAGACAGACAUGCUGAAGCGAACCAUCUCAUUUGUGUGGAUUGCGCUUUGCCGUGCUGCACGCAGGACGCAAGGCAAGGGUAACACCAGUGGAGGCCUUCGGCAGGUUUUCAUCGAGGCUAGGAGUCGAGGCCAGCUGACCAGCGACGUCUACAUUGCCGUAGCCAAGAUGGAGGCUCUCAUCUACAACGAUCCCGCUGGUGGCAAAAUUUUCGAUCGAGGUGCGAAGCUUUUCCCCGAGGACGCUAGCUUUAUGCUUGAGUACAUCAAGUUCUUGCACUCCAAGGGCGACACGACGAAUGCUCGUGUGGUGUUCGAGACCUGCGUUAAUCGCCUAACGCAAAAAGAGGAGAAGAAGAAUCAGGCAAAGUCGCUGUACUCCUAUUUCCACAAGUACGAAUCGCAGUUCGGAGAGCUCUCAUCUAUUGCCGAGCUCGAAAAGCGCAUGUUGGAACUUUGGCCCGCUGACCCGAAACUUGCCCACUUCGCCAACCGUUUCUCGGUAGAGACAUUCGACCCAAUUGCCUACCGCCUCAUUAUCUCUCCGGCUGUACAACUCCGUCCUAAGAUGCUGAUCCCCAUAGUUGAACAACCCACUUCGGUUCGCCAAACCCCAUUGCCGCCGCCGAUUCGACAAACAGCUAGCCCCGCACCUCAGUACAUGGGCGUCGUCAAUUCGCCCAAGCGGCCCUUCGCUGGCGACGAUUUCGAAGAACUUAACCGGCCGCGCAAGCUUGCUAGAGGAGAAUCGCCACUCAAGGGCGCCGCCGGCCGCCGCCUCGACCAGCAACGACGGAACCAAGGCGCACCUCUCUCCAGGGAUAUCACGUUCCUUCUCGGCAUUCUUCCACCGGCUCAUGCAUACGCACACUCGCCGGAUGCCUACCGCCUCAACACCCACAACCUCGUCGGCCUUAUCCGAGACACCCCUGUGCCAGACUACAGUGCUUGGAAAGCAAACCAGGACCUCCGCGCCAGACAAAACAACGGUAUGCUACCCCCCUCUCAUGGCCGGCAGGCCUCUGGUGAUUAUGCUGGAUAUAGAGCACUUGGUGCUGGACGGAAUUCCCCACAACGAGCUUUGAGUCCGUUUGAUGGCGCUGGACGUCGCCUGGUGUCUGGCUACAGAAACUCACCACUCCGACCUGGGUCUAGGGGCGGAUCUUCUGAGCCUGCUGCUGCCGUCUACCGACAGGCCGCGCCGGCACAGCAGGGGCAGUAUCCGCCCGCGGCCGCUGCAUAUGAUGGAAGCGUUAAUUGGACACAACCUGCCUUUGGUUAUGGCCAAGCACCGGCGCAGCAAUAUGACAGACAUCAAUAUUGA